UGAAGAAGUGGCUGCUGAAGAGCCAGAUGACGUCUCUCAUGGCGAAAACCAAGAGGAAAACCCAGCACUCUCCGAAUUUCUUGACAAUCACAAAAACUCAGGACUUGCGGUUGGCUACAAAGAAAAUCUAUCGUUUGUUCGGCGUGGCAAUAUGAUCGGCGUGUUUAGGAAUGAAGCCGAUGAUCGCAAGCAGCUUAAGUUCAUGGGUUCUGCUAAAGACCUAAUGACUCCGGACGGUAAAAGAAGGAUUAUGCCGACAGACAUGAUGCUCCAUCAUCAAGACAUGACGAUGAUUUUGAAAGAUGCAAACAACCCCCACUCGCUCUACAGUCUUGACCUUCCGACUGGCAAAGUCGUCGAGGAAUGGAAAAUUGAUGAUUCAACUGAGAUCACGUCCUUUGUGCCUAAAACAAAGUUCGCACAGAUGAAUCCUGAAGCCACCUUCAUUGGUACUUCCCACAACAGUCUCUACACUGUUGACCCUCGAAUCAGUGGUAAUAAACGGGUCAACAAUCAAACCAGAUCUUACAAAACCAAGGUCGAUUUUGCCUGUGCAGUUACAACCGAGAGUGGUCAGGUCGCCAUUGGGUCUCAUACUGGAGAUAUCAGAUUAUACGACGCUGUCAUUGGAAGAAAUGCAAAAACUGCACUACUAAAGCUUAAGGACCCAGUUCGAGGCGUAGAUACUACUAAAAAUGGACAUUAUAUGAUUGCCACCUGCCCCACUUACCUCUGGUUUGUGAACCUGGUGAUCGAAACUGAGGGAGCAAGGAAAGGUUUCACUGGUUUCGAAAGAAGUUUUCCGGCCGAUGAUAGACCCGAUGGGUUCCGAGUCGAAUUGAAACAUGAGCAUCGAGCGAUGAUAUAUGAUAUGGGGAUACCAAUUAGCUUCAGAAGGGCCACAUUCAACUAUGGACCAGACUCUUUGGAGAAUACGGUGGUAACAUCAAUGGGACCUUUCUUGUUUGCAUUCAAUGUGCGUAAGUUGAAAUUGAGACAAGUUGAAUAUACCAUGAAGAGGUAUGAAGAAGAUGUGGUUGGGGAUGGAUUCAAAUGGGAUACAGAUCGUGAGAUUGUUGUAACAAUGGCUAGUGAUGUAGUUAUGGAAAGAAAGAAUAAACUGGCCAAACCGAAUAGAGCUUCUUUCAUGGGUACUGAGUUUUCAGGAGCAAGUCAAUUUGGUGGUAUAGUCCAAGAGCACGGUCAAGGUCAUUAUUAAACCUCUCAAGUGGUUAAGCACCUUUAUCAAUUUCUAUGUGUGUAUAUAUUUCAGUCGAUCUUGACUUGAAAAGACGAAUUCAAAUCAUUUUUCAUCAAUUUUCUUGUCAUUCUUACCUAUUCAUGCUGCUCUUGUCUAAUCUUUUGGAACCCUCUUGAUACUCUCUUUCUUUUGUAUUUUUCUCAUGUUUUCUCGUAUCAGCCAUUUUGUUUUGUUUUAAUUUCUCUCAUUCUCAACUAUCAAAUUAUGUAUUUUGGAAGACCUUUCAGCAUCGCGUUCAGUUCUUGAUUGGUUUUUAAUGAAACUUGUAAGGUUUGAUAGCUUCAUCACUCAGUGUUUAACAUCAAAGAAUUACAUAAUCAGUACCUUGAAAGAAUAAUAACCCCUGCUAUGUGAUAGU